UGUCGAUCUCUCAAGCAGCUAACGUAUCAAUAGAGAAAUGGCAAUCGACAGGAGUCGAAAGCGAACGCGCCUCGCCAUGGUGGUGGUGCGUUCACCCACUGGUCAAAAUGUCGGCGAGGCUUUACUUGAGGACCAACGACGUGUACAGAUGGAGAGGCAGGCUGGAGAGACUCGCCAGCUCGUUGUCAUGGCAUCGCCCGAGGAGGUCCGUGCUGCUCAAAUGGCAAGACAAACUACGACACCUAUGCCAACGAGGCCUUCGCUCGCGACAGAGACCCAGCAACGACUGAUCGCGUAUGCACAUCGAACACGACACGUUCUGUCCCAUCGCUCAGUGUUGGACCACUUGAGUCAUGCUCGUCGAAUCGAGAUGAUGAGUGAAAUGAGACGUCUCAAAGAGGAGAUACAGGUGCUGCAAGAGCAGAUUGAGGUCACGACGCGCAGUGUAGAGGGCAUGGAGCGGCUCGCCUUCCACCUGGAGCAACUCACGCGCGACUUCCUUCCUCGGAACCCUAGGGACGAGGUGCAAAUUGUUCGAGAUCGAAUUGAUGUGCAGGAGUCUACUGCUUUGGCUGCCGACGGGUUGUCUUCUGAAGACGAGUCAAAAAGUUCUUAGCAGAAUAGGUAGGUACGGUACAAGUGUUUAGUUGCUCGUGCAAACACCCGUUAGUGUACAAUAAUCACUUCAAUAAACCAGUCAACUG